AUGAUCAAUCGCCGAGAUUCAGAGUUCCUCCAUUUACUAGAGGUCGAUGAGAACAUUGAGCCACAGAGACUAAUUUACAACUUCAGAACAAGCGCCAUCGUCCCUGGAGACAUUGCCGUAUCUGUGACUCACGAUCCCUAUCGUCGGUCAACGACCGCUAUCCUGUUUGGUCUCGGCGAAGCUCAAGAAAGGCUCUUUCUGUACAGGGUGAAAGAAUCCCUAGAAGACUUCUGCCAUCCCCUGGCGCUGGUCGGCGCAGUUUGCGAGCUCGAGCGAGACAGGUGGAUCAAGAACGAGGUUCGGCCUAUUGAGUCGACGUAUAUGGAGAAGAACGACCAAUGGAGCAUGGCUAGUAGUGACAACCUUGCGUCUGCGCCGGAAGGGGAAACCAUGGAGGAUGCUUUGGGGUUGCGCUUCAAGUCUACCAUUCUACUCACAAGCCUGACCGCUGCGAGACGGCAGCUGAGUCGGAUCGGAGAUUACUUGCAAGAGAUGCGCAAAGAUGCUAGGAUGACGUCGUUUCUGAGAGGCUGCGAUGAUUGCCACGAUAAGGAGACUGAAGCUUCCGAUGGUGGUGUGGAUUUGAGCAAGCAGCAAGCUCACACUGCUGCUCGGCUACAGCACCGUCUCAAUCAGAUCUCCGAUGAAUUUGAUAUGAAGAUAGACAGCUGCAAGGCAUCUAUGGAAGACAUGAUGGCUACAACUCAAGUCACCAUCUUCUCCAUGAACGUAUUCAACUGGGAUGCCAAAGACGGCGAGAAUCUCAUCAACGUGCACUUUUGGCUUUAUCUAGCUGUAGCUGGAGCGUCAACAGUCCUUACCGUUGGUCUGUGGAUGAUUUAUUCAGGAGUAACUAAAAGGCUUUUCUGCAUCCGCAAGAGGAGAAAAGAUGAGGAAAUGGGGUCUUGA